AUGGUGCCUUCGGGUCCCCCGGCAUCUGUAGGCGGAGCACAGUCGGUCUCUCCCACCAUGCUUAGAACAAACUCUGCCAUUAUUGCAGGAGGGCAGGCAGUUUCUGUCCCUUCACAGUCUCCUUUCCCCUCUCUGGUCUCACCCAGGACCCAGUUCAACAAUAACACCAACAAUAUGAGUCUCCUUGGUAACAUGCCAAACGUCUCUUCCCUCCUAAACCACACCUUUGGAAAUGGGGGGUCUCUCUCUGGGAUGGGGCUGCCAAACGCAUCGGUGAAUCUCCAACAGCGUGGUAAUGGAGGUGCCAUGGAGUUAGUUGGUUCUGCUGAGUCUGAACCCCUUUCUUUUACUCCGACUGCACAAGCCCAAGGGCAGCACUUUCAGAACCCCUCUGCUAAUCAAGGAGUGUUGGAUAAUUUGCAACCUCAGCAACGGACUGAAGCGAUGCAAAGUUUCCAACCACCGUUCUCUCUGUCGCACAGCCAACAGCAACAACUCCGAGGAGGGUUGGGGAACAUGGUAGCCGUCAAAUUGGAGCCACAUAUGGGUACAUCUGAUCACAACUUACCUCCACAUCAACUACAGUCGUUGCGCAAUUUAGGGUCUGUUAAAGCAGAACCGCAGAUGCAGUCUAUAGCAAGUUUGAGUCCAGUUAAAAUGGAGACUCAUCAGCAUUCGGACCCUGCGUUAUUUUUGCAACAACAACAGCAGCAACAGCAACAGCAGCAGCAACGGCAGCAGCAGCAGCAGCAGCAGCAAUUAUUACAUCUGCCUCGGCAGACACCUCAUACAGCUGCACAGAUGAAUCUUCUUCAGCAGCAGCAGCAACGGAUCAUGCAGAUAAAGCAACAACAGCAGCAACAACAAAUUCUUAAAUCACUCCCUCAACAGAGGUUGCAGCAACAGCAGCAGCUUCAGCAGCAGGCUCUUUCUUUGAGAUCUCAAGUCAAACCAUCUGCUUAUGAACCAGGAACGUGUGCUCGGCGUUUGACCCAUUAUAUGUUUUACCAGAAGCACAGGCCUUCUGUAAGUUGUUAUUUUGGGCGAAUAACGUCUAUACUCAUCCUUAGUAUCCAAUGUUUUGCGAUUUUUCUUGUUCUUUCUCAAUGAUUUUUAUGUGAUAUAUGGUGCAGGAUAAUAACAUUGAAUUUUGGAGGAAAUUUGUUGCUGAGUACUUUGCGCCUCAUGCCAGAAAGAGAUGGUGUGUCUCUUUAUAUGGAACUGGUCGACAGACUACUGGUGUAUUCCCUCAGGUCUAUUACUAACAUUUGAGAAAACUUUCAGGAUUCCGAGCUAGUUAUUACAUUCUGUUGAGGAAAUCCUGUUCGUGACUUUUGCUGCAUUGUAGUUGUGUUGUACAGUGAUGACGUAUUGUAAUACGUGUUUUUUCUGUAAAUAUGUAGGAUGUCUGGCACUGUGAAAUCUGCAACUGUAAGCCAGGUCGUGGCUUUGGUAUGUAUAAUUUUGUUUUCGAUUAACUGAUGGCUAUUGAUUUUCUUUGUGUUGGGUUCAGUUAAAAACAUUUGGAUCAUGUUUGAAUCCAUGAUGAAGAAAAAUUUGUACUAUGAGACUAAUUUUGUAUUUUGGCUGAUAUUUUCAGAGACAACAGUUGAGGUUUUGCCGAGGUUAUACAAGAUCAAGUAUGACAGUGGUACUCAGGAGGAGCUUCUUUAUGUUGACAUGCCACGCGAAUAUCAGAAUGCGUCUGGACAAAUUGUCCUUGAUUAUGCAAAAGCUAUUCAAGAAAGUGUGUUUGAGCAGUUGCGAGUAGUUCGUGAUGGUCAGCUGCGAAUUGUUUUCUCUUCAGAUCUUAAGGUUGGUCAUUAUGCGUUACAGUAAACCAUGUAAUUUUGCAGCUUGCUAUUUCUAAUUUUGUUCGACUUUUUCAGAUAUGUUCUUGGGAGUUUUGUGCAAGGCGACAUGAAGAGCUUAUCCCUAGAAGAUUGAUAAUACCUCAGGUAUUCUCCUACAGCUUUUCCGAGUUGGUGUGGUAUUCAGUUGUGCUUGCUGAAUGUUUUCAUAGACUGUCUUAUGUCGUGGAAGAAUGAUAGCAAGUCCUUCUCUGCAGGUUAGUCAACUUGGACAGGUUGUGCAGAAAUAUCAGGCUGCUACUCAAAACGGAGUGUCCAGCUUGUCAGCUCAAGAGGUGCAGAAUAGUUGUAAUUUGUAAGUCUCCCUCAUUCCUGCUGGAAUGGAAACUUUCCUUCUAAUUUGUUCUCAAUUUGGUUUUCAGCCUAAUUUUCUUCAAAGUUUCUGGUAUUAUUUUCUCCCCCGAAUGAAGAUCUCAUACAUGGGCUUGCCAUUUAUUUUGGAUUGAUCGCUGAUUGAUGUAUAAUUUACAAAUUAAUUAAUCCCAUACUAUCCACUUUUGAAAUGUGGUUGGCAUAUGAUUAAUUGAGCAUAUGCGUGUUCUUUGUCUGUGUGUUGCACUGUUGAUUGCAUAACUUUUUUUUUUCGUGUUUUAAUUGUUCCUGAUUAUGACGAUCGUUUGUAUCAGCCCGUCGUAUGACAUUGAUUUUACACGGUGUUCAGAGUCAAUCUUGAGCCAAUCAGUUUGACUAUUUACUGACCUUUUCAGUCAACUUCUCAUAUUUUGCUAAUUCACAAGUGUAGUAUGCAAAUGGGAGAUAUGAUGAGGACUGGUUAUAGAUCUCUCUUAAUAGUUCCCAAACCACAGGCUGCGCCAGAUUGUUUGGUUCCAGCCGAUUUCCUUUGCUCAAGUUCGGAAAGGAUUGGCUAGGCCAGUCUUCCUUGCUAACCCAGUCUGUUGACGACGUUAGUAUUUAAUUUGGAAAAAUAAAUAAAUUUAGUGGUUGUGUGAAUAUUUGUUUUAAAAUCUGUGUACUAAAGUAUAAUAACAGAAAAAAUAUUAAAUGGGAACUUUAGUUGAAAAAAAUUCAAAUAUUUAGAAGUCAUUCUACUUUUAUAUUUCCAUUGAGGUGGGGCAAAAAGAAAAGAAAUGAGAAAGAGAAUGGUCUACUUGGUUUCCAUCCACAAUUAUUUUUUUAUCAGCGUGAACAUCUUCCAGACUCUGUAGAGAAGUCAGAUUAUGUGAUGCGAAUGUUAUCCCCUGUCCGAUUAGAAACCUUCAAUUUUUUUAUUAAUAUUUUCAUCGUGCGAAUUGAAUCAUGAUUAUGUUAUGAUUUUCCUCUAGAUUUGUUGCAUCUACUCGUCAGUUGGCUAAAGCAUUGGAGGUGCCAUUGGUCAAUGAUUUGGGAUACACAAAGAGAUACGUCCGUUGCCUGCAGGUAAUUAGUUUGCCAACGCUGCACUCUCUGCCUACCAAGAGAGAGAAAGCAAAGAUGAAGGGCGAGAGAGAGAGAGAGAGGAACGAAAUUAGAGUCUCAACAUGUGUUUCGCAUUUGAAUGCAUGGUCUCAUCUGCACAUCAGUGAUGAUAUUGACUGAUCACCGUUUGGGUUUUGCUGCAGAUUGCAGAGGUAGUGAACUGUAUGAAGGACCUAAUCGAUUGCAGCAGGGAAACGGGGACCGGGCCUAUGGGUAAUUAUUUCUUCCCCUACACUGGUUAUUUAUUUUCCUUAGGACUCCAAAAGCAUAUUACUCGUCAUCUUCAAACUUGCACUCGCCUCUCAAAUGACCGGUGAAAGUAAGCAUCAAAUCGUUCCAUGUUUUUUUUUACAGUUAUCAGUAUUAUAUGGUUCUAAAUAUUUUUGAUCAUGAAAAUUCUCGAUUUUUCUGUGAAACAAUAAUCUGUCAACUUCCACGUGAUCUUGGUAUGGAAAAGUGAUCUUAUGUUUGAAUAUUUAUCUUCCUUGGGGAAUCUCAUAGCGUUUAGUUGUAACCUCAAAACUUGCACUCAAGUGCCCAGUGAAAGUAAGCAUCAAAUCGUUGCAUGUGUCAAAUUUUAAUUUUCUAUUAAAUGGGUUCUAAAUAUUUUAUGAUCAUGAAAAUUCUCAACUUUUCAGAGAAAUAAGAAUAAAAAUUAUCUCUUGGAAGAACUUGAUUACUCCAUCAGGCUAACCCAUUCUUGUGUGAUUUUUAUUUUCAGAGAGCCUGGUCAACUUCCCGAGGAGAACCUCCAGCUCCUCUGGGAUAACCUCCAUGCCCAACCCACAAGCUGACGAACAACAGCCGGGCCCACCAAACUCCAACCUCGACGACCAAAACCCGGCCCGGCCCGGCCAGCUCGCUUCCGGGAACAACAGCGUCGUAAGUGUAAAUCACCCUCUCAAUCCCUCCUCAUCCUCUUCCUCCGCCACCGCCAUUGCCAGCCUCCAAAACUCCAUCAACGCCAGACCAGAAAACACCAUGAGCAGCGUCACCAGCUCCUACCCGGCAGUCCAGAUCCCCUCCGCCAGCUCCUCCAGUAAUUUGCCGCCCUCCCAGCCAAACCCUCCUUCCCCCUUCCCCUCCCCGACCCCCUCUGCAUCCGCCACCAAUGGGCCGCCGCCGUCCCACAUGAGCACCUCCUGCUUGCCCACCAGCGCCGCCACAAUGCCGCAGCCGGCUGGCCCGGCCAACGACUUGGACCCGGUGGCGGGUUCCCAGAGCUCAGUGCAGCAGAUCCUGCAGGAGAUGAUGAUGUCGUCACAGCUGAGCAGUGUCGGCGCACUUGGCGGUGAUAUGAAGGUGCCCAAUGGGAUCGCUCUGGGUCUUGGAGGCAUGGUUGGGAAUGGCGUGGUUAACCCACCCGGAGUUGGCGGCAGUGGUGGCUCUGGGGGAGGAGGCUAUGGGACCAUGGGCGGCGGUGGCAUCGGUGGCGGGAUUGGCCCCUCAGUGGCGGCCGGAGGAAUCAGAGCAGCAAUGGCGAAUAACUCCCUCAGCUUCAAUGGGAGAGUUGGGAUGAGCUCGUUGGGUCCGGACCCGGCGGCCGUGAGCCAUCAGCAGCAGGAGCUGGGGAGCCGGCUGUUGAGUGGCGGGCUUGGAGCGGCAGGCAACUUUAAUAAUCUCCAGUUCGCUUGGAAGACCUCUCCUUGA